CUCUUCCAAGUUUGUUUCCUCAUAACUCUCUUUAAAAUGCAUAUUUUUAAAUGAUAUUUUGAAGAAAUACGUUUUCGAGGGCGUAGAUUAUGUAAUGCUGAUGUUUCAAAUAUAGAAAUCUCUAAAAAAAAAAAUGUAAAAAGUGCUACAGUCGCGUAAAUUGUGAUAACAAAGGAGGAGUACGAAUGAUCUAAAUCGCUUCUAAAAAUGUUUUUUUCUACAUUCUAUCAGCAUAAUUUGUUACCUAUAUUCUCAAACCCGUAUCUCUGCAACGUUUCAUAACAAAAAAUAUGCAUUUAAAAAAAGUUAUGAAAAAAAAAGGAAGUCUAAGGAGUACGAGGCGCUAAAUUGCAGUUAUGCCAUUUAUAUUAGACUGUUUACAUAUAUUUGUGUAUAUGUCUGUCCGUCAUUUAUUAGUAUGUUUACUAGCACAUGCGUAGAUAGAAAGUCACCUGACAGAUUCUGACCAAUCAAAUAUUCAGUUUAUUGGCGCUGAAUAUUGUUUUACCGCGAAAAGUAAGCAUGGAGAUAAUGUCGGUUUGUUCGUGUAUAACGUUUGUAUAUUUAAUUUACAUGUCAUAAUCAUCAACCAUGCUUGUCACAAAAGCAAACGAGGAAAUGAAAUUAACUGAUAUACUCUCUGUAUUGCGAUCACCUGAUUGCACGACAAAAGCUAGACUAGAAACAUACACUACAUUCUCAGAUAAACUGAAAAUGGAGACUAACGACAUGGCUUUUGUACAAGAUGUUGCCAAGAGUAGCAGACAGGUGAUCUCAUUGAUACAAUCUGAUAUUUUGGGAUCUUCAUCAGAACUUACUGAGAAUGCAUUGCAAGUGUUAGGGCUCUGCCUACAGAAUCAAACCAUUAUCAAUUCCAUGGGAUUAAAAGACAGCAAUGAAGUAAUACGAAAUCUCUGCCAGUGUGCACUGGAAACAGAAGAUAAAGGGGUUUGUACCCGUGCCCUUUGGUGUUUAGCUAAUCAAGUCCUACAACCAGAUGUUAUCUGCAAUCAAAUAAAUCCUAUCUUGGAUGCCUUAGAACAUUCAUUCUCAAAGCCACUCUCUCAGUCUGUAUUGGUUGAACAUGAAGCUGUCAAUUUAGUUGUAAGGUUGCUACAGCAAGUUCCAAAAAAGAUGAAUGAGAAAGCUAUUAAUUGGAGCCAUCAUGUGUAUUCCUUAUUAGGACAUGGAGCUAUUAGAAUUCGUGAGAAAGCUUUACAAGCCCUCAGCAUAGCUCUGCCAGCCUUUCUUGUCAAUCCUAAUGGUUUAGUUGCUUCAAUGGUUGCUGAUGUUAAAACAGUAAUAUAUGUCUUGAGAGUAUGGAGUCUGCUGGUUCAGUUAUUAGGAAAGGAAUUACAUUGUGUCUUCAUCAACCAACUCCUCCCAAUUGUAGAACUUGGCUUUAAGAGCCCGAACCCAAAUAUCAAAUAUGAAGCUUUUAGUGCCUGGAAAUACCUUAUUGAAAAUUUUGCUUCAAACCCUGCCAUUAUUGGGGACCAGAAGCGCAUCAAACUUUUGAUGCAAGUCUUCAAAAUUAACAAUGCCAAAACUGAGAAUGUGGCUUUAAAGAAACUGGAAGUUUGGUGGUAUUUUGUCAGAAAGUUGGACACCAAACUGUUGGGUAAUUUUGAUAUGGUUUGUACUCCUUUACUACGCUUUUGUGUUGGUGGAAAGUGGACCCAAGGAGCUCGUAACACACCUACACUGAGUUCGGUUGGAAACAACAUCUCCCUUCCCAGUCAGGGAACUUUGUGGCCAUCUUUUCCCUCACUCCAACUGAAAGGGUUGGAGGCUAUAGCACAUCUUCUGCAGCUUCCUUCAGCACGUAUUGAUUACUCCCCUAUAAAAUUUGAUCUUGAACCUUUGAAUCCUAACAUUGUAAUGGGACCGGCAUUAUUUCUUAAACAAUGCAGUGUUAUUGCCUAUAGUCUAGUGGAAUUGGUAUGUUCUGCAGAUGCACCAGAUGAUCUCGUCGUUUAUAUUUGGUCGUUGUUUGUGGAACACCUUAAACUUGGUCUGGAAGCUGGCCUCAAAACCGACACAAGGGAUGCUCUAUCUUCUUUUCUCUGUGACUUUUCAACUUUAAUUCUCAGUCGACCAGCACCUUAUUCUGUCAAAUAUAAAUUAUUCCUUGCUGUUACUAAACUCCCCAAGAAGAUACUUUGUUCAACAGCCUAUAACAUUAGCAGUGGAGAAAAAAUUCAUGGUACUCCGGCUCUGUUUUUAACUGAACUCUUACUGACGCCAUCAAUGUUACAGGAAGGAGUUUCUCAAGAGAAUUACCUGACAUUAUUUGUGAGUAUGAUUGAGCUGGGAAUGGCCAAUCCAUCUGGGGUGCUUGAAUACUGUCAGGCAGUGAUUCAAAUUCUAGAUCUUCAUGCUAUAUAUGUUGAACAGAAAGAGCAGCUAUGGCGUUUGUGGUCUUGCUUAGUUAAUCCUCUCUUAGACUUCAUUUCAAAGAACAAUGAGAUUAAUCAAGGAGAUGCUUUAGAACACAACUUCACCUGUCUUUAUCGUUCAUUAUUUUUUCCUGUCAAAUGGUUGUUUGGCAACCAGUUAUUAGCUACUGUCAAUAAGACACUGAUGAGGACCUGGUCAAACAUCUAUCGGACAUUCGCUAAUCUUGCUGCUCUUGUUGUCAAUGCUGCUCCUAAUAUCACCUGUGAACAUUUGAGCCACCUCAUUGUGACUGACCUUCUCUCACCUGCUGCUAGUCAGAAACUAAAAACUGACGCCUUGUUUCUCGAGCAACUAACUUUGAUUUGUGAAAUCUUGCUAAGUUAUGUGGAUUUUUCCCCUCACAGCCGAAACACUUCUUUUGCUCUUGGCAGUCCUGGAAAAUGGGGUGGCAAACGAAAGCAGAAUCCUUUGAAAAAUCUGAAUUCUGUUAUUGAUUUGGUUGUGCUUGUCACCAAUUCUGUCUUUGAGCAGGUCAAUAGGGAAGAAUGUGAGAAUAGUAUUGACAGACAGACUGUAAAUUUUGCUUCACUCCAAUCAGCUGCCAGACACCUUACUGGAACCAUGAUUACUCUGUUCACAGAAAUAACCUCUCCAAAUUCAGUUCCUUUACUCUUCGAAAAAACUUCCAAGGCUGUUAGCAGCUUGUUUGUUCUUGCUAAAGCCAGUUAUAAAGUAUUUCCUUCAAGCUCACUCCCAAAGCAUGACAAAUUAUGGCAAGAUAUUAUCAACAGUAUACAGAAUACCUAUAAAGGUAUGUAUGAUACAGACUUUCUGAAUGUUUUGGCGCCGCUGCUGGAAGCAAACUUUCUUCACCCACGGAGAUUCAUCAAAAACCAAACAGCUCAGUUAUGGAAGGCCACUUUCAGCCAAACUCCUUCACUAGCUUAUACAGAUUCUCUACGUCGUACUUUAGUCAAAGUGAAAGAGAAAAUGGUAAUCAGAUUGCCAGGCUGGAUAAGCACAGAAAUUCAUGUGAUUGAAGAAACACCUACCAGUCAGUAUAGUCAGGCAAGUUCCCAGGUAUCUGACGAAGUUGUUCCUGCUCCAGUCUCUCCAAAUAAAAUGCAUGGGAGUCUGUUAAAGAAUAUUCCUUCUCCAAAAAAACCAAGUAUUCUUUGUAAACACAAACCUGCUGUCAGUGUGAUGAAAAGGUUAUCAAUUGGUGAUAUGAAAGAUCAGGAUUUUGUGGUUAUUGAUCCUCCUCAGAAUAAAAGACGAAUCCUUACUCAACACCAGAAAGAAGUAUUGAAAGAGAGAAAGUAUUGUCUUCCUGCAAUGUAUAAUAGCCUUGACCAGUCUCAAGAUUCCAUGUAUUCGAAUCACAUGGUCACUUCACCAGUCUUGAGUUUCAGUUCGGAUGAGACUUCAUCACAGUAUAAUUUGAUAGCUACAAAUAAAUCAAAUCAAGAAAAUUAUGGCAAGUCCACUAAGAGGGUUACAUUUGCCAAAGACACGAAACUCCCUGAACUGUCACCUGCAAUUGGCUGUGAAAAAGUCACUGAAUAUACUGAAAAGCCCCAAAACAUUGGAGUGAAAUUAGAACCGUACACUAAAAUACAACCAGCGUCAAGCCCUGCUAAAACCAAGCUCACCAAAAACAAAGAACCAGUCAGUAUCAAACCUGGAAAAACGUCAAAGAAUACUUCAGAAGAUCAGCCAACAUCAUUACAGAAUUGGCUUUGCACUAGUCAGUCUUUAAAGGUUCCUUCUGUUCCUCUUCUCAUGGAGCCUCAUGUAACUUCAAUUGUUGCUCAAGACUCUCUUACAAAUGACAGUUUGUCUGCUGAACAAAGCCAUCCUUCAGACAGACCAGUGCAAAGUAACUUAUUUGUUGAAGAAACUCAGUCCCCAAUCAAGAUGUGCUCUGACCGUCAGUCUACAGGUGAAUCUGUCUUGGAAACACCUGUCAAAACUUUGACAAGAGAAGUUAACACUAGCGUCAAUAUCAGGCGAUUGUCCUUUGAUCUUGCAGAGAACGCUGAUUCUAACAGUGCCAUUAGCUCUUCUGGUGGUUUUGAAUUGAAAGAGGCAAGUGAGGUUGAACUUGCCAUGAAGGAGGAGCAAUUGGAAGUAAUUCCUAAGCAAAAUAAUUCCAAAGAUAUUUCAAAUAAAAAGACUUCUGGAAAGGAUAUUUGCCAAAGUAAAUUAUUUCUACCAAGCGAAAAUGAGAGUAUUCCUGACUCUGAAAGUGUGAUACCUAAUCAAAAUAUGGCUGCUAUAUCACAGAAACGAAAAUUAGAUUCAGAUGAGAGAAUAUCAGAAAUUAAAAAACCAAAUUUGGAAGAAAAUAAUUCUGUUAAUAUUCAGAAUGAUAAUCAGCAUGUUGCUUGUGACAAGGACAAAAUAACUGAUCACCAUGGUGGUACUAUUAGUCCUUUCAAACAGCUUCACAAAUCAGAUGUUUUACCAGUGUCUAAACCUAUUAUAGGAUCUCGUAAAAGGAAACCUUUGAAGGUUACUAAAAUUGUCCAAAAUACUGAUCGUCGAAUAUCACCUGUUAGGACACGCUCAUGCGUAAAGACUCUUCGUGCACGGAAAAAAGCGACUCAAAACUCAGAAAAUCCUGCAAAUAAAUCCACUUCCAGAAAGAAAAUUGGAAAAGAAAUCAAAGCUCGAAAAGCUCUGAAUGUGUCUGAAAAAAACAAGAACCCGACACACAGACGAAAUAAUAAUGUAAAGAAAUUAACAUCUGUUGAGAAAAAUGCAAAAGACAGCAUGAAAAUUUCUAAAACUCAAGAUAAAACCUAUUGUGAAACUAUUACUGCUGUGGUCAAUGGUGAUUCCAUUAAUAGUUGUCCUUUUGGAGAAACUGAAAGGUUCUCUUGUGAGCAGGAAAUGACAAAUGUUGUUGAGCAGGAAAAGAAUGUUGUAUCAGAUGUGGUUGAAGAGGAGGUUGAAUCAGUUAAAUCAGAUGUUGUUGAGCCUGAAUCUGAGCAUAAAAGAGACAGCUUUGACUCAGAUUUAAGUGAUGAAGUUGAAUUAAAUUUAGCUGGGCUGAAAGAAGAGAGAGAGGAGUUGGAUUUAGUUCAAGAAGAAAAGAGAAAGAUCAAACAAGAAAACCAGGAAGUUGAGCCAGAUUUGACUGAGGAAGAGGAAAUAAAAAUAGACAAUGUUGUGGAGGAUGCACAGUCAGUAACAGUGAAGUCUAAUGCUUCAGAAAUCACGAUGGCUGAAGGUUCAAGCCUAGCAGUAAUGUCUGAAAAGUUUGAGGGAGAUGAUGAUAGUUGUGGGGAUCUGAAGCUGGAUUCAGAAAAUGAGACGCAAAGUGAUGCCAGUCCAUCAAUGACUGUUUGUGAAACUGAGAGCUCAGUGCUGCAGCCAGCAGCUAUUGUGGAUUCUGAAGUAAAUGAGAACUUUGUGGACCAAGAAUCAGAGAAUAAACCUGUUUUAUCCAAAGUUGAUACACCAAAGAAAUCACUUCGGUUGCGUUCUGGUAAUCGAGGAUUUCCGUCCAAGUUCUCUGAUAGUUUUGUUUAUGGUAUUAAGGUUUCAAACUGUUCUAUGUCUGCUGCCAAAAAAAGUGCAACUCCAAAGUCUGUGAUGAAAACUUCUCCAAUUCAUGGGAACACAACUGUUGAGGGUGAUGACUACACCACUGCUACAACAGACAUUUUUUCCUCUGAAAAGCAGUUCUUAUCCUCCUCACUCUGUGAUACCCCUGAAAGUUGUCCUUCUGCUACCUGUUCCCCUUCAUCUGUUUAUUCACCAACAACUGGUAUUCUAAAGAAGAGACUACAGAAUAAUGGUGAAACACCAUCACCACCAAAUAAGCAACGGAGAGUGUCGUUUGCUGAUCCAAUAUUUGAAGAGAAAACUUUACCAUCCCCCAUGUCACAAAAGAGGCGGCUCACACCUUGCAGUUCCAGAUCAUCACGCCGUAGUCUUCUUUCCAAUUACAAGAAAAGAGAUUCUAUAUCUAACAGUAUCUCUGGCAGCAGUAACAGCCCUGGUAGUUCUCAGAGUAGCUACAGCAGCACCCAAGAAUCUCAACUCAGUAGCACUGGACCAGUAUUUGCAGAGCUUGUUUCAUGUCAGGAACCCAUCAGCCUGAUUCUUCCACAGCUUACUUCCUCCAUGUGGUUUCGUGGUCUCAGUCAACUUCUCAAAGCAAGAAAACUCCAUACUGUUGGUGAUUUAGCUUCACUUUCUGAAUAUGAUAUCCAUAAUUUACCUGUGAGAUCUCCUAAAGUACCUCAUGUGAAGAAAAUACUGGCUAACUUUAAGAAACAGCUCGAUGCCAAAAAGGACAAGACUUCUUGUAGUCUCUUGAAUACAUCUGCUGGUGAAAUAAUGGCUGCUGCAAUGGCAGCUGCCUCCACUAAUGUUGUCUCAGACUUGAAGAAUGAUCCACCAACAGGAAAUUGCAAUUCAGUUGAUGGCAAGAAUGUCCCAAGCAAUGAAAUGAAAUCAUUGGAACUUGAGAAUCCAGUUGUCCAAGCUCUCUCCUCUGAUGCAGAAGAGAAGACCAUAGCUACUCCAGCUGCACAAACCAUUGUAGAUAGGGAAUCUUCUUUGCAUGAAACCACAUCCACUGAGGCAGAAAAGAAAGCCACAGCUCCAUCUGCUGAGGCACAAGAGAAAACCACAGAGCUAUCUGCUGGGGCACAAGAGAAAACCACAGAGCCAUCUGCUGGGACACAAGAGAAAACCACAGAGCCAUCUGCUGGGGCACAAGAGAAAACCACAGAGCCAUCUGCUGGGGCACAAGAUAAAACCACAGCUCCAUCUACUGGUGCACAAGAGAAAACCACAGAGCCAUCUGCUGGGGCACAAGAGAAAACCACAGAUUAUUGCCAAGCUAACAUGGCUGUCCAGAAAAUGCCAGAACUUGACUCACCACAUUCUUCAAUAAAGUUAGACAUCGAAGAAGCUAGUGUAUUGCAGAAUGAGAAAGAAGUUUCUGCCACCACCACCGUCCACCAAAGAGCACCAACUCCAGAUUCCGAAUCCCAAGUAACACUACCUCCAAGCUGUGAAGUUACCCAGGGAAAGCCUUGUGGUCAGCAAGAUGUUUCUCCAGCUCUUACAAGUACUUCAGUCCCUGUUAUAGUCAACCCUGAAGCUUCUAGUACACCUGUAAAAUCUCCCAAAGUUUGUACAGAUGAAAAUGCAGAAAAUGCUUCACUUGGUGCAUCUGUGGAAGCUUCAUGCUCUCCAAUAAAACCAGUUUACUUGGAAACCAAUCACAGUGAAGAUGAGCAAGAUGAAGAUAUGUUUGAAGAUGAAGAUGAGAAAGAUGUCAGUACUGUUGAGGAUGAUGUUAACUCUAUCUUGGAACAUUCCGGUGCUCUGCUUCAAGAAGUCCAUAAACUUUCUUUAUCAGUUCAACAACUAGAGAAAACAUCCAACUCUUUAAAAUUUCUCCGAGAUGAUUUCACUGCUGAUGAACAUUGCCAAGGGACAGAGGGUUUCGAUGUCAGCCACCUUCUGCCAUUACAGUCAGACAAAAAUAACAGAUUACAGCAGUCUAAACUGCUCAGAGACAUUUCUGUACAGAAAGAUGUAGAACUCUUACCAACACUAAAGCUUUUGUUAGAAAGAUUCACUUCCAGAGAAAUCAGGCAACUAAAUUAUUCUGAAAUCCUCCAAGCCCAUUCACUUUUGCAGCAUCUUUUAAAGUCUACUAUGGAAGCUGCCAUUCCAGAUACAUGUAAUCAACAGAAAGACUGAAGUUGAUAACAACUUGAAACACUGAAAUCUGUUUUACUUACCUUCCUCCUACCUCCUCGUCUCCUACACUUUCUUUCUCUUUCUAUUCAAGCUAAACAUUUUUAAAGCUGAGUUUACAUCCAUGACUAUUAGUUUUUUUUUAUCAAUAAUGAUAAUAAUACAAUCUACAUUAAACUUCUAAUGUCAUUGUGGAAAGGCAGAAUGAAACAAUUUUCCAUUCUUUCUUGGCUCUAUUUUUAAAAACCAAAAAAAAAACCCUAUUACAGUCAGUAUUUUAUAUGAAAUUUUAAUGUUUGAAAUCAGAAAGGUGCUAUUUUAUAUUCUUUAGCCAAUGAAGCAAGGCAGAUGGCUUAAAACAAGGAAUCAUUGCUAAACCAGAAUUUUUCAUGCUUUGCUUUUUGACCUUCUGAUCAGGGUAAUAUGGGAGUGAUAGAAUUGUACUCCUCUUUUUAAAUGUACUCCUGGUAUUGUACCCAGUCAGAAAUCAUCAUUGUUUAACAUUCAGCUUCCAUGCUAGCAUCGGUUGGAUGGUUUGACAGGAGCUGACCAGGUAGAAGACUACCCCAGGCUACUGUGUCUGUUUUAGCAGGGGUUUUUUUUGUUAUGGCUGGAUGCCCUUCCUAACCCUAACCACUCUGCAGAGUGAACUGGAUGCUUUUUAUGUGGCACCUGCACUGGCAGGGUCACCCAAUAACUUGCAAGACAAGGAAUUUUGAGAGAAGAGGAUCUUGUAUCAGAUAAUGAAAGGUUAGUGUGACAGAGGCAGAAACAGAUGUCUUGCUAUAGAUGAUAUAUAUAUAUAUAUAUAAUCAUUGUUUGACUUUCAUUUCCCAUGCUGGCAUAGCUGUUCAGACUCCAAUUGUCUAUUUUGAUAUGGUUUCUACAGCUAGAUGCUUUUUACUUGCCACUGGUACAGGUGUGUUUACUGGCCCAAGUGCAUUUUAUGUGACGCUAGCAAUAGAAUACUGAAUGUAAAUAAAUACAGAUUAAUGUAUACAGAGAAGUGAUAAAAACUCAACAAUAUAUUGUAGAUUGAGUCAAGAAAUUUAUGUUUCUACUUACUAGCUGUUGGGUUAAUAGUACAAAUAAUAGUCUUUGAGUAACCUCCUCCAAGACCAUUCUGGAGUAAUCUUGUCAACUUGAAAUCUCUUAAUAUACUGGUGACUGAUGCUAUCAACAUAAAAAUAAUGACCUGGCUGUGUGAUUAAGAAGUUUGUUUUACAACGAUGUGCUUUUGGUUUCAAUUCUACUAAAACCUCAGGCCAACCAAAAUCUUGUGUAUUUUGUAGUUGGAGAAAGAAGCCCAUAAUGUGUGUGUGUUUUAGAGUCUCCUUGUCUUGACAUUGCAUGAUAAUUGUAAACGAGCAUCACUGGUGUAAGUGGUGUUAUUUGUUUCCAAUCUUGUGUAAAAAAAUUAAAAAACUGACCAUGGGGAAAUAUCUUGAAACAGCUGCAAGUUGGCGACAGGAAGAGCAUCCAGCUGUAGAAAAAAAACUGCCCUGAUGAAUUCCGAUUCCUGCAAGCAUGGAAAAGUAAACAUUAAACUGAUGGGUUGAUUCCAUUUUCAUUCAUUUUGUGAGUAGUAGUGUAUAAGGGUGUGCUGAAAAGGCUAACAAUGAAGGAGUGAUGCUAAAGCUGUAUAACGAGACUGACAAUAAUUUUUCUAUUGUCCUUGUGAGCUUUCGCUGACAUACUUGUUACUAUAAAUUUACUCAAUUAAGAAAAUUAAUUAAAUUAGAUAUCACAGACCUAAAGAAUUAGUAAAUAAUUCUUUAAAGUGUGCACUGCACCAUCACCUCUUAUAUCUAACCAUUAAAAUGUUAAGUGCCACGAUUUAUACCUUUUUGUCUGUUUGAUUGAGUGUUUCAGAAAGUACAGUACUAAAGCUAGAAAACUCAAAUAGUAUACAUGGGUAGAAUCAUUUCAUUUGAAUUGUGUACAUACUACUCUCUCCCUAAUGUAUACAUUUAGCUUGUAGUUAUCCAACAAAGUAAGAGACAAAUCGGGUUUGAGUAUUGUGGAGAACCCCACUGCAGAAGGAGAAGUGUUAUGGUUUUUAGUUUCUGUAAUAAGUACUGGGUGUGUAUUACCAUUGAUUCAGGGGCCUUGCUCUUGCAGUGACAAAAACUUUGGUGAAUAAUGUUUAAGGAAACUGAGUCGGCAGAAAUAAUACCACACUAAAUUCCCCAUAUUUUAUGCCGAAAAAGGUGACAGACAUAGCCGUGAUUGAGAAGUUUGCUUCCCAAACAAUGAUUUCUCUCUGUCUCAGCGUGUGACACAUUUGGCAAGUGUCUUCUUCUAUAAGUCCUGGUCCAACAAUGUCGUGAGGGUGGAUUCGGUAGACAGAAACUGAAAAAUCAUUAUAUAAAUAUUUGUCUGGUAAACAAGUGUCACUGUCAUACAAGCAAUGUCAGCCAUUCUCUAUAUUCUGUAAAAGUGUGUCUGGCCAUGGAGAAGUAAUACCCUUGCUUGGAAACAGAUGACAGUUGGUAAUAAGAACAUUUGAAACAAUAAUGGUGAAGAGUUAUGUACAUAGAGCUGAAAUGUUAAUGGAUGAGAUAAAUUUUUCAGUUCUUUUCUGGUUAUAUUUCUAAUGACUGCCUGUUUGUUUCAAUUAAUUGUGAAAAUGGUUAGUUUGAAGAGAUUUAAUAUCAAAGUAACCAACUUUUUGUAUAUAUUAGUAUCUCUUAAGAAUGUGGGUUUGAAAUAGAACUUAAGGUCCUUACGUGAUGUGAGGAUGGGUGGUGUUAUAGGUGCAGGGAUGGUUGGGAGUGGUUAGGAAGCUUGCUUCCCAAUCACAGGUUCAUUCUCACUGGCAUCUUGAGAAGCUGUCUUCUAUAACCCUGGGUCGACCAAAGCUUUUUGAGUGGCUUUGGUAGUUAGAAAUUGAAAGAAGCCAGUUUAUAGAUAUGUGUAAUUCUGGGUGGGUUUUGAAAUGUGUUUUUGUCUCCUUGUCCCAACAGCACUCAAUGGUUACUCAGGAGUGUCACUGUUGUACUAGCAGAACCAUUUGUUUCCAAUAUUACCUUGUUUGGAGACAUAAAAGGUAUCUGCCUUGACAAAAUCCAAGCAUGGAAAAGUAGACAAUAUGAUGAUGAUGAUUGUGAUUGAACACCUUUAAAAUAGGUAUUUUUUAAGAAAAGAACCAGAAGCUAUUUCAAUCAAGUUGGUCCAUCAAAAGAGUUUAGUUUUAUCACACAACUUAGUGAAAUACUGUUUCAUGAUUUUGCAUUGAAAUGCCAUGGCAUAGUGGCAGGUGUGUGUGUGUUGAUAAAAAUAUUAACAUAAUAGGAAAUGUUUUCACACAAACCUGUAGCUUUGUAAUUAAUGUUAGAAACCAAUGUGAUCAAAACUUAAAUUUUAUUUUUUUAAUCUUAGUUCAAACAAUCAAGUUUAUUAUUUGCCAUGUAUGUGCCCAUUUAUUAAUUACUACUAUCUUUGUUUUUUUGUUUUUUGUUUUUUGUAAGUCUCAGCUUCGCAGUUAAACUUGUUUCUGGCAAUAUUAUAAAUUGUUUCUUUUAGACCAACAGACAUGUUUGAGCCAGUGUUCCUAAUCUGGCAGUAAUUGUAAACUGCAUGCUUUUAUUAACAGAAGAAUGAAGCGAGACGGCAUUGAUUAUCUCCUCCUCCAUCUUCUUUUGCUGUAUAUAUAUUAUAUAUAUCUAUAAAUCAUGUAUACUCUGUUUUAUAAGGUGGUGUGAUGAAGUCAAAAGGAAAUUUAAAUGUAUUUUUAAUAUUUCCUUAUAUUUAAAGAAAUGACAAAAUAUCACCUUUUCUUUUUAAAUUUUUUUUAUAUGUAUUAUUGAUUUAAGGCUGCUGAUAUUAAGAAAAAAAUUAAAUUCUGACCACAAAUUUGA